AUGGGAGCGGGGGUAUGGGGGGCGGAGGAGGGCUACAAGCCACGGACCUCCGGCGAAGGCUCGAGUCCCGAUGUUCAGGAAGCACUCUUCCCCAAACCUCUCGUGCUGUAAGACACGAUGGCUCCUGCGCACCUCAGAGGAAUCCACGCGACCAGGAAGAAAGGGUUGACUUGCAAGCGACCCUCGCUUCCGGUCAGCCAACGUGUACAGGUCCCCGGCCGUGUAGGCGCCAGGAGGACGAAGAGAACGCAAACGAGAAAUAUGUGAGGCGCUCCAAAGGUGGAACCGGGCUUUUCGGUUCGCUAUACGGAAAGCUGCGGCUGUCCGUGGGGAGAAUUCUUAGCCACGAGGCCGAGGAGGAGAAUGGCGACAAUGGGAAGAGGCAUCGACUUCGAUGGUGUCGUAGGGACUUCCGGUGGAUCGCGGAUGUGGCGACGAGAACCCUGCUCAUCGGUAUCGUGCUUUUCGUCACGCCAGGUCUCUGUCACCAGGACGCGGUGCACAUUACGGCAAUUCUGGGGGAGAGCGUUGUCUUCAACUGUCACGUAGAGUUCCCCGGUGAGCACCCAGUGCCCUACGUUCUCCAAUGGGAGAAGAAGGUAGGCGACACGGGGCAGGAGAUACCGAUAUACAUAUGGUACGAGUCGUAUCCGACCCACAGUGGCGAGGGUUACGAAGGUCGAGUCUCGAAGGUGAGCCCCAAUUCACCGUACGGCGUGGCGAGCCUCAACCUGACCGACAUCCGCGAGACCGAUCAAGGAUGGUACGAGUGCAAGGUCGUCUUCCUCAACAGGUCGCCCAACAGUCACAAGAAUGGUACCUGGUUUCACCUGGACGUCCAUGAUUCGUUCGUGGCGUCGAGAACCGCACGAGGGGAUAAGAACGCGUGGUUUGUUUCCGCAGCACCGCCAAAGUUCAGCAUCACGCCGGAGGAGAUGAUCUACGUGAACGUGGGCGACGCGAUAAUAUUGAACUGCCAGGCUGAGGGCACGCCAACGCCUGAAAUCCUCUGGUACAAGGACGCGAAUCCAGUCGAGCCGUCGAGCACCAUUGGGAUAUUCAACGACGGCACCGAGCUCAGGAUCUCGACGAUCAAGAACGAGGACAUCGGGGAUUACACGUGCAUCGCCCGUAACGGAGAGGGACAGAUCAGUCACACUGCGCGUGUUAUUAUCGCUGGCGGAGCAGUGAUCACAGCGGCACCCACGAACCAAACGAAACUGGAGGGUGAAAAGGUGCAAUUCUCUUGCGAGGCGAAGGCUCUCCCAGGCAAUGUGACCGUGCGUUGGUUCCGCGAAGGCGCACCAGUCACGGAGGUCUCCGCUCUGGACACAAGGGUGUCCAUCAAGGCGGACGGCAGCCUCGUCAUCAAUCCCGUCAGCGCCGAUGACUCUGGCCAGUACCUCUGCGAAGUGACGAAUGGUAUCGGAGACCCGCAAAGCGCCAGUGCUUAUCUCAACGUGGAAUAUCCAGCAAAGGUGACUUUCACCCCAACUGUUCAAUACCUGCCCUUCCGUUUGGCAGGGGUGGUCCAGUGUUACAUAAAGGCCAACCCACCCCUUCAGUACGUGACCUGGACGAAGGACAAGCGGCUGCUCGAGCCUUAUCAGACGAAGGAUAUCGUCGUCAUGAACAAUGGCUCCCUGCUGUUUACACGGGUGAACGAGAAUCACCAAGGCAGAUACACGUGCACGCCCUACAACGCCCAGGGCACGCAGGGCAGCUCGGGUCCCAUGGAGGUCCUCGUGCGAAACCCACCUGUGUUCACCCUCGAGCCGGAUCCAGUUUAUCAGAAGAAGGUCGGAGAAACCGUCGAGAUGCACUGCGACGCUCAAGAGGCCGAGGGCACGCAAAAACCCACCCUGCAAUGGCACAGGAGGAACGGCAUGUCCAUACAGCGCAAUCGGGCGAAGAUCGUCGGUGGCAAUUUAACGAUCGAGAGCCUUCGACGAUCGGACUUCGGCUUCUACCAGUGCAUCGCGUCCAAUGAGGUGGCGACCAUAUCAGCCUCCACCCAGCUGAUAGUCGAGGGUACGCAACCACACGCCCCCUACAACGUCACUGGGACCGCGACAGAGUUCUCGGUCACGUUGUCCUGGCUGCCAGGGUACUCCGGCGGGCCUGACUACAAGCAAGACUACACCAUUUGGCACAGAGAAGCGGGCACCUCGGAAUGGGCGACGAUUCCCGUGACUCCUUCGGGUAGCACAACGGUGACGAUCAACAACCUGACACCAGGUACGCUGUACGAGUUCCAAGUAAUCGGGAAGAACGCCUUGGGCGAUGGGAUGCUGAGCAAAAGCAUCACCAUCAGGACGCUCGACGUGACACUGACACACUCAGCGACGCCAUCCUCGAGCGCCGGUCAAGCUGCAGCCACGGAUCAAAGCGACAUCUUAGAUUAUAAUACUCUCAUAUUACCGACCGAUUCCAUUGGAAACACAGUGUUCCCGCCAAUCAUCCGCCCGAAAGGACCGAAGCCAGGUCCGCCAAGGAACCUCACUGUGACGGAGGUCAGUAACGGUUUCCUGAUAACCUGGCAAGCUCCUCUCAAGUUCGAGCACCUCAUCAAGUACUACACCAUCAAGUAUAAAACGGACGGACCCUGGAAAACGCUCAACAAGGGACACAUCCGACCCGACGAAACCAGCUAUUUGGUAAAGAAUCUGGUCGGUGGUAGGACCUACUAUUUCCAAGUGUUCGCCAACUCGGUGACGAACUACGGCGCCAGCGAGCUGGUGAAAUUCCCGGUGCCGGCUCGCGUCAAGCACAAGGCGAUCACCGCGGGCGUCGUCGGUGGUAUACUCUUCUUCAUUGUCGCGAUCAUCCUCAGCAUAUGCGCGGUGAAGAUUUGCAAUAAGCGGAAGAGACGAAAACAGGAGAAAGAACUGCUUUCAGCGUAUAGUAUGGUGGCCUGCCGGGUCACCGACGCCAGGAACGGCGCAGGGCAGGGGCCCCAGGGAACAGUGCCUUUGAAAAAACCUAGAAAAAGCCGAGUACCAGGUCUAAAUCUCCUGCGGGAGAUCCUAACCCCCGACACGCCGGACUCGUGUCGCGGUCGGCCACUGGGUAAGAUCUCGCGCGCGGCCGACGGCCGUUUCGUCGUGGCGGACUCCGUGGUCAGCUCGGCGAACAACAGCAUCCUGGACGCAUCGAGCAGCGACGACGGGGGUUUCCUGCCCAAGCAGCGGCUCAAGUCCUCCUGGCGGCGGCCGCUGGUCGGCACCAGCCAGCUGAGCCUCAGGUCAGACGGCAGCGGGGUGUCCAUCAACGGCGGUUUGCCGUCCAUUCAUCACCUGGCGACGGUCAACUCGCUGGCGAGGAUCGCGCCAGCUAUCUGCACGAUAUCCUCGCCCAGGUUUCUGGCCAGCUCGCCCACAGGACCCCAAGUACCUUGGACGCCGCUGUACUUCAGCGAUCUCAGCUCUGUCAGGCAGCCAUCAUCCGGUGAACAUUCCUUCCCGACGCCGCCCGAUUACCUACAGCUGCGCACCAUGCACCAGCGAUACAGUCAGGAGCUGCCCUCGCUGAAUGCCAUCCACGCAGAGUCUAGGAGGUUCGUCCCUGUCCAACCUCUGGCCACCUCCUCGCCGCCCCAACCCGCCGGCAGACCCAGAGCCAGGCUUCCACCUAGGCACGCGAGGCACGCGAGAUCCGCGCCCGAGCUGGCCGCGUCCCCCGACCUGGAGACGUCCCCGGAGAGCAGAUCCAGCAGCUCUGGCUUCGGUAGCAAGAACACCUCGCAACAGAACCAGAGCUCCAGGAGCGGCAGCACGGUGGCCGAAUGGCGACCACCGCCGUACAGGCCACCGCCGCCGCCCCUGGUAGGCAGGUGGCUGGAGCUGCAGGACCAGGCCAAGGUGGGUCACACGCACAUCCAAAUGGCCGUGGACGCGGGCAGCGUCGACGGACAUUACGAGUUCGAUCCUGUCUCCUGCACCCCUACUCCAACGUCCGCCUCCACGCCUACCAGAGAGGAGAGGCCGCCUGUCCAUCAGAUCCACGCCAUCCACGUGCCACACAUUCACCAGGUGCAUACGGUCCAUCAUCAACCGCUUAGAUACACCAGGGACAACAUCGAGGCCAGGGUGCAGGCAAUGAAGGCGGAAUUCCAUCAAUUUAGACAACGGCAGGCGAGGAGGCGGCAGAGCGCGCACCUGGAGAGCGCGUGUUGACACUACUCUUCGCUAGCACUAGGCUCUGCACGCAUCCUUGGAUUUUCUCCCCAUUGUUCGAUUACACGACUCAGAUUCCCUGCUUCGUUUCGCUAUUUCCCUGGAAACGGUCACGUCGCGGAGGAUUACGUACGUUCGUUCGUCGACGACGGCACAGACGACGAAGACGCACGAUGAUUUCGCGGGGCUGGCGAAAGGCAUACAUGUCCGAACAAACCCAACAAAACCCUUUGACGCAUAACGCGGAAGUAGACCAACCGUUGAAGCACGAGGAUACGUCGGCGUCGUGGCGCGAUUCCGCCGUAGGCAACCUCAAGUCAAUUCCACUUCGGCUGGGCAACCAUCGCUACGGAAACGCUCUCGCGGGGAGCGUGGGCUCAGGAUACAUACGAUUCUCGACGAGAGAACCUAACGCAGUAGAAUUAUGUACAUUUAAGCGGACACGACGCGUCCAAGGUCCGAUUCGUCGACUCGAGGCGAGUCGCGUUCCAAGAAUCGACGGUUCGAGGAGAAUCCAGCGAACGGACGACUCCGACGAUGUGUUCGAAAAGCUCUAGGAUCGUCGACCUCCCGCCAACUACAGCGAUUUUUAGCGAUACUUGUAUUAUAAUAGCGGAGCCGAGAGCGAAAAGGACGACAAAGGAUGAGAGUUCACGGGAUGGAAAAAGUUCGUUCGGUGAAGUCAUCGCCUAGGUGCCGUUACGAUUCUAGGCGAUGGAGGGAAAGUGCGAAGAGGAUUCUCGAGCAUAACACCCGGCACGAUACUCUCCAAAGAAACUGUACCGUGCUCCGUUACACCUUUAACGAAACGUAUAAUGAAUUAACGAGCAAGAAAAUAAAGAAUUAAUAAUGAGAUACAAAACGACACGUAAGAUUAACCGUAAUCGUACACUGUAAGUGAUAAUUAACGAGAGAAAAGAAGAAAAAAGAAAAAUGAAUGCGAAAGCGAAGCAACAAAAAAAUAAAAAACAAACACGUAAGAUAAUCGAAGAUUUACUACACGCGUACACCGUACACACCGUCAUACAUACACGUACAGAGACACACGAACACGUAUACACAGGAGAAACUAAAUAAAUAAAAAACAAGUAAUUAUAACGAUGAGCAAAAUGGACUCGUGAAACGUGAUAUUAGGCCGAAGCUUGCCUCGAGAUUGCUUAAGGACUCACUCGUACUGCACUGCCUGUUUAGGGUUUCGCUAGCGACCCAACAUAUUAUCGGCACAAUAAUUUUUCUUAAGCAACGUAAACGUGAAAAAAAAAAAAUAAAGUAAAACUAAUCGUAAUGUUCUUUGAAUCUACGCGCGCGCCCACUCGGCCGGCCACGAGGCUCGCGUACACGCGCGUGCACGCCCACCCCCGCGACAUCUCGACACCCGCUCGCCCGUCUUUUCUACGUGUACAUACACUCGUGUACAUAUACAUCGCGCCAUCGGGGUUCAAAUCGCUCGGCGAGCGUCCAAGCUCGCUCUCGGCGAACCGUGCUCGGCGAACCGUGCUCGACGAACCGCCAAACGGAACGGCAGAGAUGUGCAAAAUGCCUCGUCAAAUGAUAGAUAAAAGGUGAAUCACUUUCGUCUCCUAUUCGUUCAAUACGACGAAAGUUAUCGUGUUUAUGGCAACUACUUUUACGUUCUUUCGAAUUUCCUGUUUGGGUUUUAAUAUUCGUGUGGAUUAGUCUCUAGGAGCACCUUAACGAUUUCGAGCUCAGCUAUUGAGUCCUCCUCGGACGACGCGGAUCCUCUGCAAUUGUUCGAUGUUAGCGAGUUGGUGGAAAUUUUAAGAGAAAAAGCAUAGGGGAAGUCUUUGUUUUAAAAGUAGAUCGUUGAACGAGUCAUGGAGAGAUUGCGUAAGACGAUUCCGGGUAGAGAUUACGCGACUGUGCAUGGUAUUUAAAAUAUUUCAAUUUUUUUCUCAGGUUUAUUCUAUUCUCAAAAAUAAAUUUUCCUAUGGAACUAUGUAAACUUGUUAAAAAAAUAUAAUUUUUCUCGUGUACCAAAUUUUAAUAGAGAGUGACUUGUAACUCGUGAUCCAGAAAUGGGGGGCUCGGGGCACCAAAAUUGCCACGAAAUUUUACUUCCUCUCUUAUAUAUACAUUAUUGCAAUCAGGAUUACGAAAUGAAAUUAUAACUCACGUUGAACGUAUAAAAGUUUAUCUUGACUCGAAUGAACAGUGUGGAUAUGUGCGACGUUUUUAUUCGUGAUAAAGUAUUGUCCAAAGUAAUAAAAUCGAAUCAAAUUUUGCCCAUCUCUGCGGAAGGGGGACAACCCUUUGUUUGGAUCGGGAAACGAAAUUGCGAAAAGAAGAGGCCGGCCCCCUCUCGAAAGAAUACACGCGAAUCGUGCACUCGCGUCGGGAGCAUCGCCGAUCGGCCCUGGUUCGUGCAAUUUAGGGGAAAAACAAAAGGAGUUACACACGCGCGUACACGUGCACUCGAUUCCCUUUCCACGCGAUUAAAAAACGAGAAUUAAUCCUAGUUUCACGCACUUACAAUCAGCGUUCGAAGGUAGACACAAAGUAUCACAAAGAUUUCAAGACGAAAAUGGUGAAAUUUACAUAUCUAAUUAAUUGAUUCCCUGAAAAUAAAAUUCAUAAUUUUCUCGAGUUCUUUGUCACAUUAAUUACAAAACACGAUGUGUUCACACAUUUGAUUUUUUACUCUAAGUUUCUGAGAGUUAUCGAACGAAUUCACUAUUUUUCAAUAGAUCAUUUUUGCACGGUGUUCUUUAAGUCUUGCGUGAAAAUUGAAUCGAGUACGCACAAGUUACACACGGACACGUAAAUCGACACGACACGCACACAAUACGGAGAGAACGAUAGAGAGCCAGAGAUAUACGGAUGAGUACAAGACACACGCGCAUAACACGAAUGGCGUUCUUCGAGACCCACCUAAUUCUCACCAAAACGCAUUGUAUUAAAUCAUCUUCGAGUCGAGAUCGAUGCACGCGAACGGCACGCAGAGCGUUCGAUUAGGAUAUACGGGCUAACUAACGACGUACCAGUCUUGGGCACAAUGUAAUCGAUCAUUCGUUAAUGCCAGUCUUGUGAUUUAUUGUCACAAAUCGUAGCAUCACAAAACGAUCAUUGCCCAAGUCUGUCACGUAGAACGAACGCGACCUACACGGACGAGAGAUCGUCCAUAUUCAUACCUUUCAGGCGUUCCGUGAAUAUUUUGGGAGCUUCUUUUCUGGCGUUUAACCGAAGAGAAAGAGAGACGAUCGAACGCUCUCGGUCCGCGGCGACGAGCAACGAUUUCCAGCUCUCGACGACUCAGCGUUUCACAUUAUUUUUUUCUUUUUUUUUAUAGUACAAACACUUAUUUAUACGUACGUAUUAUACAUACUUAUAUUAUAUAAAUAUUAGCAAGGGCUCUACUCACGAUUCAACUAUACUUCGACGCACAGUUACAAAAACCAAACGUGCGGUACGACGCGGACGAUCUAUAAUUUUCUGUUACAAUGUACAGUGAAUCGCAAAAUUAUUGACACGUUGACGAUAUAGUGUGAUAACAGUGCGCAAAAAUAAGAGAACAAGGACUUUCAUUUCGGAAAGAAUGAGCACUUUACUUUCUUUUUGUUUAUCGUGUCUUUCACGUGCAAGAAAUUGAUUACACUACAUGUAGGCUAAUAUGUACACAUAUCUAUACACUUGAAUUUUUGUUUAAAUUUAACGCCCCCACAAAUUUCAUGUUUUUGUCAUGCAAGUGACAAAUCGAAUGCUGCCAAUAUUCACAUAUCGUAUUUGUCUUGAAUAUUUAACAAUUUUGUAAAUCGCACACAACAGAGCGAAGUAUAUUUUAAUUUUUCAAAAUUCAUCGUUUUAUUCUGCGCAAUUUUAUCAAAUUGUACGUGCCGACAAUUUUCCGUCACAAUGCAUUCAAAUGCGUGCGCGCGCGCGAGUGUGUGUGUAAGUGCAUAAAUGUGUUUGUGUGUGUGUGCAAGGUCGUUGUGUGUGAGAGCCGAGAGACUGAGAAUCGUAGCGGAAAAGACAGGCGAAAUAACACGAACGAGAACCAGAGAUGGGCAAAAUUCUUAUCCCGAAUAACGAUUAAAAGAUGUACAACUUUUUAUUCCUGAAUAAAAACCUUGAAUUUAAAUUCUACAAUUGUAUUUCGCGUUGAAAAUCUUAUUCGUAUAACCGUACGAUCGAAUAAACGUGGCGAAUAUAUCGCCAUUUGAUUUUAUUCGUCGUCUACCGUUCGAAUAAAAUUUUGCCCAGUCUCUGACGUGAACAUACGCGAGGAAGAAUGCCGUGCGCGUGUGACUAACGUUCAAAGACGAAAUCGCGUGAAAUACUCGCGAAUAUACUCGAGGAGAGGUUAGAGCAAUGAUACGGAAUGAAAUAAAUAAAUAAAUAAAUAAAUAAAUAAAUAAAUAAAUAAAUAAAUAAAUAAAUAAAUAAAUAAAUAAAUAAAAACACUAAACGGAGGCGACGCGAAAGAGUACCAAUAUUCUAAAGUAAUUCUAAUGAUUGACUUAAUAAUUUGAUAAUUAAUUGAUAUUGUAAAUCGUAAACGACUCGUAGCGUGUAGCGUAUUAAUCAACGAUAAACGACGAACGCGGCGACGAUUAAUUCCAUUUAAAAUUAAUUAAUUAAUCACCCGGGGAUUUGCGAGAGCAACGGAGAACUGUGAAGCUGGCGCGCGAUCAUGCGAUCAACGAAACGUCGCGAUCGAUCGCGUCGCUGGUUGUAUCAUAAUAAUAAUCGUGUUGUAGGCACCGGGGACGGGCGAAAUUCUCAAUCUAAAUAAAAAUCGCGAGUAACGAAUAAAAGAUACAACACGUUUCGUUCGUUACCGAAUGAAUUCUAGAAUCUGAAUUGUAAAAUGAACGAAUAACAUACCUUCGGUCGUAUAAACCUCGCGAAUAAAUAGUUAUUCGUUUGUAUUAUUCGAAUCAAAUUUUGCCCGUCUCCAGCGUCCGAUCUACGUGUCCACGUUUGGCGUCGUCGAGACGCUCGACACCACCACAAAAGAAAAAUAAAUAACGAAGGAACAGUCAAUCUCGAUCGAUAAAUCUUUUUGUACGUCGAACGGCCGCGAUCGAAUCGAAAUCACCUAGCUGCUUCCACUGAUCGAGCGCGACGAGCAUAAACGUUGUCACGUAGAAAGUCGAGAGGGACGUUAACAACCCUUUUAAGAAAAGGAGGAAGAUCGAGAACCGUCGAUCGUCAGACCUGUCUAGACGCCCGUCGAAACGAAGACGAGAAUACGAGCGUGAGAGGAGGAAACCAACCAAUCGAUAUAGGUAUAUAAGUAACGUGUAGAUAUAUCAUAGUUAGAUACAACGAUCUCAAAAGGACGCGCUGAGAGUGAACGAUCGCUGAGAUCGAAGAGAGUACGGAUAAUAAAAUGCAUCUCCGAUGCGCCGGCACGAAUGGCUCAAAAGUCUUGCUCGAAACCGCAAAGAGAGAUUUAGCGAGAAAUAUAUAUAUAUAUAUAUAAAUAUGUAUGUAUACGCGUACAGUAAGUUCUCGAUUCACGUGAUUAAUUCAUACGAACCACCUGAAACCAGGUGUGUAUGAUUUGGUACACAAUCUCGAUUUAAGUAUUUAAAUUGAAUGGAUCUAUUUGUACUCUUCUAUGGAAAGAAACAUUGAAGAAGUUUAUUGAAUAUACGAGUACAUAUGUUAAAUAAAUCUUUCGAUCACCUCGCAGUACAUUUGGUACCCCAAAUGUUAUGAUCUCCUAUAUUGCAGGUAUUCCAAAAAUUUAAUUUACACGAUAGCAAAUGUGUCUAAAGACAAAUAUGCGAGCAUUUAAAAAUUCAUGUAACUCGAGGACUCACCGUACAUUCGUUGCAAAAUCUCUGUAUACACACACAUAUAUAUAUAUAUGUAUAUAUAAAUAUACUGUACGUGUGUAUAUAGAGAUCGAGACGAAGGAUCCGUUAUAGAAGGAGAGAAUGGACAAUGGUUUCGCGCGAUCGCGUGUUAAGUGAAUGAUAUGGUUGAAUCGUGAAUUCGUUCGUGUAACGUUCAUCAACAAUCAUUAUCGAUAACUUCGUUUCACGUCUAUUCCUUUCGUUCCUAAACACCCUUCUUCUUCCCUGAUCCCUGCCCCCCCCUCCCCCCUCCCCCCUCAACUUUCCACUUCGUCUGUUUCUGCUUCUAUUACAUUUCCCUCGAUUCCAUUUGCGAUCUCCGUUUUCUUCCACUUUUUCUGAUUCUUCUCCGUCUACCUCGAAUCAUCGUCACGGCUUUCUUUGCGUUCGCGAUUUACACACCUUCGUCGCGUUAUUUAUUUAGAUAUUCGAGCGAGUACGAGCGUACUCCGCCGGAUUGUGAACGAAAUUAAUUUAGGUAUUCGCUCUUUACGUACCUGAAAGCCAUCUGGCAUAGCGUAUUUUUCAGAGUCGCGAGUGAAAUUCUCAUCCAAUGUAGCUUGAACGUUCGCAGGAAACACCGUGCGCGCGCGCAACCUGCGAGCAGCGUUGAGUAAAGUUUCACUGCGAUUGCUUCGUGAUAGACUACAAAUUAUAAACAUUUGUUUGAUGCUAGUAUGGAGAAAGCAUAUGAAAAGUGUGUGCAGUGGGUAUUUCCGUAAAUUGAUAUAACGAUAUUAAUGGUUCUGCUCGCGUAAAAUCUGCAAUAACGAUAAUUGUAAUUAAUUAUUAAUGGAAGUUUUGAAAGAUUGUAAACUAUCGAGUUACGAUUGUAGAUCACACGUGUGUGCUAUUAUUACAUAUUAAUCUAAACGUAUACACUUACACAAAGCAAGACAUUAAUAUUGUUAUAUAUGUAUUAAUUCGUGUGAUGCACUUUCUGUACGAUUUCCAUGUUAGCAUAUGUUAUGGAUGUUUAUAAUUCGCAGUUUAGUGGUCACAGAGCGAUCGUUGCCCAACACUGCUGCGAAGGGGCAAAAGAGAUGAUCGACGAUCGGUAGGGAUCGCGCGAGAGUGGAUCGAUCGAUUCCCAUAACGAUUACGUUUUUUGACAUUUUCGUGAAUUGUUCGUCUCGUCGGUUAGAGUUGCAUCGCGUGAACACUCGCGGGAAUUUUCAGGAAUUUUUAUUUCAAUAAAUUGUUAAUGUUAUACGGUAGUAUUUUUCAAUCAAUUAUUAUUGGGAAUGAUUCAAGUAUAGCCCCACUCUGUGUUCAACCAAAUGGCUCUCGACUUUCCACUUUCUGUAAUUAUUUAGCUUUCGUGGGGCAAAGCGACUUUCGAACUGUGGUCCCUGCCAUAAUUUUUUGAGGCGUUCACGCGCGCAACAGACACGAUUAAUUUCCUUUAAGUUUCGCCCACCGUGAAAUCGCUUCGACUACACACCUACACCUAACCACAGGUACACAGACACACUUACACACACGCAUACACGCAGCAACGUUCUUCUGUACCGUCUGUCCUCGCUAUUUUUCGCUUGUCGUCCCCUUUCGUCCUGUACGCGCGACACGAAACCAAGUAACAAACAAAUAAUAAAAGGGAAAGAACCAACGUUCACUACAGAGACGCGUUUUCGUUACAUUCUUUUCGUUCUUCCUUUUCGGUAAAAAAACAAAAAAAAAACAAAAAUUUCGCGAGUGCUCGCUGUUCACUAUCCCUGUUCCCGCCAUUUUUCACCGUUUCAUUGAUCGACCUAUGCUUUUUCUCGCGAACCUCUCCCCACGAGAACAACUCCAAGACGUAACUAACCUAGGACAAAUUGUAGACAAUUUAUUAUCAAAUAAAAUGAAAAAUAAAGCGACAUUUGAAAGGAAAUAAAAUAAAUGGGUGUGGGGUGUGUCUGUGUAUGGGAUCACAUCAACGUUCAACUCCAAUUCCCCUCUAGAUGUGUCGGGCGACUCGCGAACCACGCCGACUCCAUCGUUGAGCAUAAUGUGCGCCAUGAUUAUCGCUAGAACUAUCAAGCUAAUCAAUUUUAUCAUUUUUUUUUAACUUUCCUUUUAAAUUACUCUAUUAUAACAAUGCUCUAGCCUCGAUAUUUGGAGGCAAUUUCUGAAAAGUGGUGCUAAUUAAUUAAUUAAUCAAUU